CCAGCCAUCCCGGUCCGCUCGCAGGUAGUUGGGGAAGACAACGUAGCAGGAUGGGCGUCAUCACCAUCAAACAGCUGAAGGUUCGGCCACGGAAGGCACCCCCGCAGGUUAUGUGCGCGGCCGAGCUGGGAACGAUGCUCAGCUGCUGGGCCGCCACGAGCGACAUGAUGUCCGUCGGCCCAUGUAAAGAGACUGCGGACGCGCUUUUCCACUGCAUGAGGACUACGCCGAUGGGGGGCAAGGGCCAUCGAUCUACCAUCAACUAUCACCUCGCGAAGCUUAGCAAAUCUCAGAGCAACAAAUAAGCCUCUACUUUGCACCCGUGUCCUAUGAGUACGACAUAUGCAUGUGCAUAUACGCGCGCCCCCGCGCCGUGUCAAGAGCCGGCCGCAGGGACGCCCCAUCAUAGCCGCCUUUACCAUCCUGAGUACGCCGGACCCCGGGACCACUGCGCGUCGCCCAUGCAUCUGCAUGUAGAUUGUUACACUAGUCGAUUAAUGAGCUCAUUGGUUUUUUCGAGUUCCUACAAAAGGCUGCGCAUCAUCUCGUCAAGAGCACUCUUUCUCAGGACUGAAGAUAAUCAACGUCCGGUCUAACUCAUGCGGCGUUUUAUAUCGUACACAGGUCGAGAAAACCGAUACAUGACUUACAGAGACAAUCAUGUGACAUUCACGCACCUUGGUCAUUAUCCGAAUUCGAGUGCUACGCGAAGGACUCGGUCGUCCUGGUCAUUCUUCCUGAUCAAUGAAAGCGGCAGUCCCGUGCCCAGCAGGCUCUUGGCAGGUCGACAAACAGAACGACUAACUAACUAUCCACCGAAGUUGGAUGCAACCUCCGAUCUUGACGACGACUCCGUGCGCUGCGACUAUGGAGAACCACGACGUAUCAAGAAUGCAGUAGUCUCAUGCUUGCUCGCCAAGCUUCCUCUCUGGUC